AUGAAUCCUAAGGUGAUAGAAGGGUUACACGACACCCAGCCUGAGAAAUUACCAACAGCAGGCCAAUCACACCAAGACGAUUUUAUAACGACCCUUUCGUCCUGGUGUAACAAAGUCCGUUGGUUCAACUUUACCAUGCUAAUAACCAUUCCUCUUAUUGCCUUCCUACAAGUUCCCUGGGUUCCUAUGCAUCGGAAAACACUGGUACUGUCGAUUAUAUACUACGUUACAACUGCAAUAUCUGUGACCGCAGGAUACCACCGUUUAUGGGCCCAUCGCUCCUACUCCGCCUCCCCAACACUCAAGUGGCUGCUAGCAGCAUUUGGUGCAGGAGCGGUGCAAGGUUCUAUCAAAUUCUGGGUUCGAGAACACAGAGCCCACCAUCGAUAUACUGACACAGAUCAGGACCCAUAUAAUGUCAAGAAGGGUCUGCUGCAUGCACAUAUUCUCUGGGUGAUCACGAAACAGCCCCGGAAAAACAACAGGGUGGAUAUAUCCGAUCUCCAGAAUGACUCUGUGGUGGUGCUGCAGCAUAGGUACUACUUCCUUGCUGCUUUCUUCAUGGGAUGGGGGUUCCCAACCCUAGUCGCUGGCCUGGGCUGGAACGACUGGUACGGAGGCUUCCUCUAUGCAGGCAUCCUUCGGUCUUUUUUUGUUAACCAGGCGACGUUCUGUGUGAAUUCAUUGGCUCAUUGGAUUGGGGAACAGCCCUACGAUGACCGCCGCUCAUCCCGGGAUCAUCUCAUCACUGCUCUCAUCACGAUGGGAGAGGGAUAUCACAAUUUCCACCAUGAGUUUCCCUCCGACUACCGCAACGGGAUUGAAUGGUAUCAGCCUGAUAUUACCAAGUGGGGUAUCAAGCUCUGCGAACAACUGGGACUAGCCUAUGAUUUGAAACGUUUCCGGCAAAAUGAGAUUGGUAAGAGCCGGCUACAGCAAGUCUUCAAGAAACUGAAUAUUGAAAGCGAAUCCCUUGACUGGGGGCCGCCACUCAGUAAGCUACCUGUUAUGGAGUGGGAUGAGUAUCAUGAUAAGGUUACGCAGGGUCAUCUUCUAAUAUUAAUCGGUGGAGUCGUUCACGAUGUGUCGAAGUUUAUUCAUGAACACCCUGGAGGCGAGUCGAUGAUGCGCUUGGCACUAGGGAAGGAUGCUACCACCUUGUUCAAUGGUGCCGUCUACCUCCAUUCAAACGCCGCAAAUAAUAUCCUGGCAACUUUACGAGUGGCCAUCCUUCGAGGUGGAUGUGAAGUAGGAAGUAUCAGAACCAACGGCCUUGCACACGCGAAGAGCAGGAUCCAAGAUGUGUUUUGGAGCGAACUGUUUUUCCCAACCCUAAGCUCGGAGAUCUAA